CAAAACAAAAAACAAAAACUAACUAGUAGCACCAGUGAACAAAGAAAGAAAAAAAACAAUCAAGAGAUCUCGAGAGUGUGGAAGAUGGACAUGGCGGAAAUUAUGUCGAUCUUGGGCUUGUUCAUCGUCGCCGUCCUGAGCUACGCUUGGGCCGGCAAACUCCUCAGAACCAAAUUAGCAUCCAAAAAAGAGCCGCCGGAGCCAUCCGGCGCCCUCCCGAUCAUCGGCCAUCUCCAUCAAAUGAUAAAAUCCAAGAAACUCCUCUCCAUCGUCCUCUCCGAGCUCGCCGACCAACUCGGCCCUGUAUUCGCUUUCCGCCUCGGUUCAUGCCGCACCGUCGUCGUCAGUAGCUACGACAUCGCCAAAGAAUGCUACACCACCAACGACAGAGCCCUGUCCUCCAAACCCGCCACCACCGCCGGCCGCCUCCUCGCUUACAACCAAGGCGUCCUCGGUUUCAUCUUCUACGGCCCUUACUGGCGCACCAUCCGCCGUAUAGUCACCACUGAGCUCCUUUCCACCUCCUGCUUGGAAACCCACAAGCAGGCACAGUCCAAAGAGAUCGAUCUUUGUAUUCAUGAAAUCUUUUCUGAGUUCAUAAAUAUUGGGAGGAGUACUUUGAAGGUGGAGUUGUUGAAGUGGGUGGGGGACUUGAAUUAUAAUGUUGUGUUUCAGAUUGUCGCCGGGAAAAGAUACUAUGGUUCCGGUGGGAACAGCGAGGAGGCAUGCAAGUUCCGGCGAGCCAUCUCUGGGCUUAUAAGUUCACUUGGUGUGUUUGUGCCUUCUGAUAUGUUUCCUUUUCUUGAUUGGUUUGAUUUUGGUGGUCAUAAGAAGGUAAUGAAUAAUGCUUUCAAGGAGCUGGAUUCCUUAUUGACCACCUUGUUGGAGGAGCAUAAAGCCAGGAGGAGGUUAAUGGAGAACAAGCUGGUUGGUACUGUCACUGAGGACCAGGAUUUCAUGGAUAUUAUGCUAUCUAUGUCUAAAAAUACUAAUUUCUUUGAGUUCGAUGCUGACACUGCCAUCAAAGCUACAUGCUUGGGAAUGGUUCUCGGUGGUACACAUACGACAACAUUUUAUCUAACAUGGGCAAUAGCUCUGCUACUAAAGCACCGUGAGAUAUUGAAGAAAGUGCAAGAGGAGAUAGAUAAAGAGGUAGGGAAAGAGAGAGUGGUGGAUCACUCUGAUGUGAAGAACCUCCACUACCUGCAAGCAGUGAUCAAAGAAGCAUUCCGUCUAUGCCCAGGGUCAUCCAGCUUAAUCAAACGUGCCUCUAAAGAAGACUGCCUAAUUGGCGGCUACUACAUUCCCACCGGUACACACAUCACCGUUAACAUAUGGAAGAUACAAAGAGACCCAGCCAUUUGGGACGAUCCUCUGGUUUUCAAGCCUGAAAGGUUUCUAACUAAGCAUGCAGAAGUUGAUGUUAGAGGGAUGCAUUAUGAGCUCCUUCCUUUUAGGUCAGGAAGGUUUGGUUGUCCUGGGAAUGCAUUUGCACUUCAAAUGAUGCACUUGUUGCUUGCUCGCUUCUUACAAGGGUUUCAUUUGGAGACACCGGAGAAUAAACCUGUGGAGAUUAAUGAAGCUCUUGGGAUUAUUUCUUAUAAAACUUUGGAUGUUCUGGUAACUCCUAGGUUACCUCCGACGCUUUAUGAGUUUAGUCACUGAUCCAGUGAGCGAGCGCAGUGAUCAUGUGAGCUGGGAGUGCAUGAGUUUAUUUGUCCAAUAAUUACAAGGUGCAUGCUUUUGCCUGUCUACUUUUUAUCAUGGAUGGUAUAUAUAUAUAUAUAUGCCUGUUUGAACAUGUGUUAGCAAUCAUUGGAACCUCUUCUGUUCUUAACUUGUGGAACGAUCAGAGUUUGCUUGGAACUUUGUUUUUUAGUUUUCUCAA